UAUUGCGUGAGUCCUGGCGCGGGUUAAUUAGACAGUGCGUUUCAAUGUAGUGUGUCGGCUGGCGUUCCUUAAGUGAUGUCAGCCUACGUAGACCUCUCAACUGUAUUCAACUUUGAUAAUAGAGGUCAAUAUGUAGAAAUUUCUCCCGAUCGAAUGAAAGCCCGACGACAGGUUGGCUUUUGUGAUGGUGUUGUUAUCUCUCAAAACUUUAUUCGACCUGGUGAACUGGUAGCAGUUGAAAUCACAGAAACACAGCGAGGAUGGAGUGGCGAUCUCAGAGUGGGAUUCACUCUAUUGCCAGACCAAUUGCUUUUACCUCUUCCAAGAUUUGCUCUACCUGCACUGGUUUCUCCAGGCAGAAGUUGGAUUGUACCAGUUGGGACUGCCGUAGCUCUUCUCUUAUCUCAUCAUCAUCAGACCUACUGGAGACGUCAACAGCUGAAAUGUAGUCGUCAUUUAAACAGAGCUAGUACCAGUCCACUUACAUUGUUUGAUUCACUUAAUAAAUUCCGUGAUAGACAGAUAGAUGUAUCUGGUAUGAAUGCAACAAGUGGUUUGAUUAAUAGUCCUAAUUUAUUGGGAACUAGUUCUCAUGUGAAUAAACAAGCAAUUCAUUUAGAAGUUAGUCCUUCCUACGUUUGUAUUUGUUGCCUCCAUACGAAACGUGGUAGAGUUCCACUGAGUCAGUUGGUGCCGCAUGAGCUAGAACUAGCUCGACCUCCGGAUGUUGAGAAAGGUAGUGUUAUAGCUAUCUAUUAUGAACUGGAACCUGUGUCAUCGAAUCAUACAUCUACAAAUCCUUCUAGUCCUUUAGGUGAAGAAAAUACUAACAUACUUAAUGAUAUUGGUGAUAUUCCUUCUGUGGUACCGGAUGAAAAUGUACAAAACCUCUUCAGAUAUACCCUAGAUCCUACUGGAAGUAAAGAAGAUCCAAAUGCAGAGAAAAUACUUUUUCACUUUCGCUUUCAUAUUGUUAUUAAUGGCAUAGAUAUGGUGGCUAUAGCAGAAACAGUAUCCAUUUCAUCAGAUAAUUUCGCAGUUGAUCAGAGCGAUCCAGAAAUGUCAUAUGCUCAUCUCAGUGCUGAUUCGAACCACGUUGAUUCCAAUGAUACUAAUGAAGUCCCCAGAUCUCCAGCAUCUUCUGAUCGUUAUUCUUUUGAUCCAGUCAUUUUAUCUACUCUGCGUAUGAGGGCUGUUUUUGAUGUUUACGGUCAGACCAAAGCAAUCCAACUACGUUCAUUACAACAGUCAUUUGUUACUAUGCCAUCAAAUAAUAAAAGUGCACUAAGACAAACCAACCGAAAUCUACGAGCAGAAAUUGAUGCACUUAAAGCUCAAGUGGUACAGAUGAAAAAUGAUUUAUCGCAGUCGCGUACAAUUCGUCCUAAAAUUGAUCAAAUGAGUACUGAAGUUGUUGACUCUAAUCCAUAUAGUCGGUUGAUGGCACUUCAGCGCAUGGGAAUAGUUGCUGAUUAUGCUCUAAUUCGAGAGAAAACUGUGGUUAUAGUGGGUGUUGGUGGUGUUGGCUCAGUUACUGCAGAAAUGCUUGUUCGAUGUGGUAUCGGACGUUUGAUUUUAUUUGACUAUGAUAAAGUUGAGUUGGCUAAUAUGAAUCGAUUAUUUUUUCAGCCUCAUCAGUCUGGUCUCAGUAAAGUUGCUGCUGCAACAUCCACCUUGAGUUUUAUUAAUCCAGAUGUACAAAUUGAAGCGUAUAACUACAACAUAACUUUAGUAGAAAAUUACGACCACUUUCUCAAUCGGCUGAAGUGUGGUGGCUUAAAACCGGAAACUCCUGUAGAUUUAGUGUUAAGUUGUGUUGACAAUUUCGAAGCUCGUAUGACCAUUAACAAAGCGUGCAAUCUACUUGGUCAGGUCUGGUAUGAAUCUGGUGUCAGUGAAGAUGCUGUCAGCUGUCAUAUACAACUAAUGUACCCUGGUCGUACUCCAUGCUUUGAAUGCUUACCACCCCUGAUUGUAGCUAGUGGAUUAGAUGAGAAGACUUUAAAACGCGAAGGUGUAUGUGCAGCAUCAUUGCCUACCACUAUGGCUCUGGUCUCCUCACUGUUAGUUCAAAAUACUUUAAAGUAUCUACUAAAAUUUGGCGAAGUUUCUAGUUACUUAGGUUACGGAGCAGCUAAAGAUUCAUUCUACCGUGUUGAUUUAAGGGCGAAUCCAGAUUGUGGUGAUCAGUGGUGUAAACAACGUCAGACGGAAUGGCGUAAUUAUCUCCAGAAAAUGAAUCUCCCGCUUAAUUCACCCUGGGAUAUUGAAGAACGUUUAAAAGCAGAUCAGGUUAGAGAGGAAAAACUCCAAGAAGCUCUAUUGAAAUCAAAGCAUGAAGAAAAUGAUUUUGGCAUUGAAUUAGAAUCGGAGUCAUCUCCGGAUACGGAAUCCGCCGCCUUAUCCAACUCUGCUUCCGAAAUGAACGGUGGUGUAAAACCAUUGUAUUCAGUGAAUGAUAAAAAGACCGAUGCAAAUUCUCAGGACAUACCAGAUUCUUUCGUUUCGCAAACAGAUGAUAGUCUUGAAGCACUUAUGGCUAAAAUGAAACAGUUGUGAUGACUUUUUUUAGACUUAACUGGUAAAUAUCAUGGUAUAAUUGUUGAUGAUGAACGUCCUUUUCUCGUUGUAUUUUGGUGUUUUAUUUGCAGUCCGUGAUUUAAAUCUUGUGGCAAUAUGUGAUACUUUUGUAUUUGUCUCUUUCUUUAUAUUUUGUCGAUGAUAUUUUUCUUCUAACAAUAGACUUUACUUUGUGUUGUUGGGAAACUGUAAUCAAUCAAGAGUGAAUAAAACUGUUUGCACCGGAAUUGUUUUUUGUGUAAUUUCUGUAUUAAAUUGGUCGGAAGACUUGGGACUUGCUUGGAUGAAUUUCGUUUUCACUUCCCUAAUCUAUUGGUUGUAUCUGAUUGAAUGAUUGAUUAUGAUGGACUGUUGUCUUGUCACUCAGGUUGCGUCGUUGACAUCAUUUCAAAGUAUUUUCAGCAUCUCUUCUAGCUACUUAUAAUUGUUAUCAGUAAGCAGUAUUGUCAUGUAG